AUGUCUCGGCCGAAGAAGAAAAAAGCCGAAGAAAAAGAGAACACCGAAGAUUUCUCCCCACUAAGGAGAACCUUAGGAGUGAUUUUCGCAAUGGCUUCAUGUGUAUUUUUCGCUUUUUCUUCGCUGUUUGUCAAGCUGCUUCGAGAAAUUCCGCCUCAAGAAGUGGUCUUCUUCCGAAGUCUAGUCCAAGUUAUUUUUGUUCUUCCACCGCUAAUCUACAGCGAAGUCCCAGUGUUUGAAGACACCAAACAUUUGCCAUUUUUGUGCGUUCGCGGUAUCGCGGGAACGUUGGCGCUGUGCUGUCAGUUUUACGCUUUCCAGCACAUGCCGCUGGCAGAUGCCACUGUUAUCGUGUUUUCUUCUCCCAUAUUUACGGGAGUACUAGCGCAUUUUUUGUUAGAGGAGGCGUGGGGCCUUUUCGACGCUUUGGCAACAUUUUUGUGCUUUAUAGGCGUAGUACUGAUAGCUAGACCAACGUUUUUGUUUGCGAGACAGACAGAGCCAACCAACGAAGAAAGCGACUUUGAACAGAUAACUGCUAGCCUGGUUGCUCUGUGUGGUGCUAUUUUGACGUCCAUUGCGCUGAUCGCGAUCAGAAAGCUCAAAGGCGUCAACUUUUUGGUGCCAGUAUUCUAUGUAGGGCUGUCCAGCGUGGUCUUAACAACAGGGGCGAUUCUUGCAGCUGGUUCUUUCCAGAGUGUCAUAUGUGGCCACUCGCACGAGUGGUUCCUUUUUGGACUUGGCAUGUGUGGACUGGGUGGCCAAGCACUCCUCACCAAAUCCCUGCAGUUAGAGAGGGCAGGCGUGGUCGCUCUCGUGCGCACCCUGGACAUUGCGUUAGCCUUCAUUUUACAGCUCCUGUUCUUGGAUUACGCUGCCAAUAUUUACAGUAUCGCAGGCGCGGCGUUAGUUUUGGGCUGCAAUGUGCUGGUGAUUUUGAAACGAGGCGGAUGCUUACCAACCAAGGAAGUAGAAGAAAGCGAGGGAAAAUUACCUGAAGAGAAGCAAAGCCUGAUGGGAACAGUUAAAAAACAACUCUAUGCGAAAAUGCUCCCCAAAAGCUACUGA